CACUUGUUCGCCUUGCAUGUUGAAAAACAAUCUACUGGCAAUCACGUUGUCACAAUGGUUUUCAAAUACAUUGUAGAGCACAUGGAACCAGAGCUGGACGAGUGGUCAGAGCUCGAAUAUGCAAACAUUCUCCAAAAAGUUGGUCAAAACCGUCUCUACCUCACCCAUGUCCAUCCCGACCUCCUUGCCCGCCUUCCCGAGCGCAUCGGUCCAAAUUCAGGAAUCAUUAGCACAACCAAAGCCGUUUUGGAAUUGGAUGAGGUGGAUCCUGCCAAAGUGAUCUUGUUGGAUCCGUCAGCGACCCAGCCUUUAGAACCAAGUGAUGGAGAAAACUUUAAGUGGCUAUUGUUUGGUGGGAUUUUGGGUGACGACCCACCACAAGACCGAACCAAAGAACUCCGUAAACUCGGGUUUACGACCCGUCAUCUGGGCCCUGUGCAAAUGACAACUGAUACGGCCGUCAUCGUCGCCAAGCACGUCAUUGAAGGCAAGACUCCGUUGGACAAGUUGGAAUAUGUCGAUCGUCCAGAGAUACGAUUGGGGAAGAAGGAGACGGUCGAGUUGCCGUUUCGGUAUUUGGUCAAGGAGGGGAAGCCGCAGUUGCCCAAUGGGUUGCUAGAGUUGCUGAAAAAAAGCAACGAGAUCUCGUUGGUGUGAGACGUCCAGCACGUUUCAACGUACGAGGUGGACACCCAUAUUUAAAACCCCAUCAAUUAUAGACUUUUACACACAUCAUUACUUUUUAUAUUGAGGGUGAUUAUUUACAUCUUGUCAAUCAACUCAGUAUCAUCUGCCAAAUACCAGUGCUGCUAUGUCUUGAUCCAAAUAAAUGAAAGUAUUUCCAAAAAAAAACAAAAAACAUGGAAGAAAUUUGACGACCGCAAGAGAACGC